CUCUCUCUCUCCACCUCUAUGCUUGAUUCCUCAUGUUACUAGUCUUUGUCACUGCUUGUUGCAUGGUGCAUAAUAUGGUUUGAGCCUCAGGAUCUCUGCCUAAGCGCCUGCCUCUCUGUCUGGAUUGCUCUGCUAGAUUCAGCACUUUUCUGGUGUUGUGGACUGAGGAUCUGUUUGAACACUGUAGCAGACUCAGACUCUGCUGCAACUCUUGUUAAGUCUGCUCUGGGUGAAUGCCCCUGUAUUAGGGACAGCAUGCACUGGUCACUGCUCCCCCUGCUCCUGCUCUGUGGACUCCACUGCCUGGAGGCUCAGCGGCAGGACGACUACGAUGAGGACUACGAGGAAGAAGUGGACAUCAGGCCGAGAAAGAGGACCAACGGCAAGACAUUGACGACCAACCUCAUCCCCAAAAAUGGUCAAAACCCGCUGGCAGAGGACUGUAGUCUGGAGUUGGCGUUUGUGGUGGACAGCUCGGAGAGCGCCAAGGACAACCACGCUCAGGAGAAGCAGUUUGUCAUCGACGUGGUGGAGCGCCUGCAGGGCGUGCGCCUCCAGACGGGUCAGAGCCUCCGCUCGCGCACGGCCGUCCUGCAGUACAGCAGCCGCUCCUUCACCGAGCAGACCUUCGGGCAGUGGCAGGGCGUGGCCAACUUCAGGGCGCGCGUCCAGGAGCUGCGCUACAUCGGCCAGGGGACGUACGCCACCUACGCCAUCACCAACCUCACCCACCUGUACAUGCACGAGUCCGGCCUGGGGGCGGUCAAGGUGGCCGUGUUCCUGACCGACGGCGAGUUCCACCCGCGCAACCCGGACAUCUUCUCGGCCAUGGCCGACGCCAAGAACCAGGGCGUGCGCUUCUUCAUGGUGGGCAUCACGCCGGCCGCCAACGCGCCGGGCAACGUCCAGCAGCUGCGCCUGAUGGCCAGCCCGCCCGCCUCACGCUUCCUGUACAACAUGCAGGACAGGGAGAUCUUGGAGAAGAUUGUCAAGGAGAUUACGGCGCUGGUAGAUGAAGGGUGUCCUGUUUCUUCGCCGUGUGUGUGUGAUAAGGGGGAGAGGGGACCUCCAGGACCAGCUGGGAAAAAGGGGCGCUCAGGUGAUGAUGGCAUCCCAGGGCCUAAAGGGAUUAAGGGGGAAUCUGGCAACACUGGACUUGCGGGUCGUGAGGGGGCCGAGGGUAAGCCAGGCUACAAAGGAGAGAGGGGCGAGAGGGGAGAGUGUGGGACACCAGGAAUAAAAGGAGACAGAGGUCCAGAGGGUCCAGUUGGUAUUCGUGGAAGUAGAGGCCCAGAGGGUGUGGCUGGCCCCCAUGGGGACAUCGGCCCUGAAGGCCCCCCAGGGAAAAAAGGAGAGAGGGGACUUUCCGGCCCACCUGGAAUUCAGGGUCUUCCGGGAGUAGGUCUGCCAGGCCCAAAGGGUGACAUGGGCUUCCAAGGACGACUCGGCCCUCCCGGUCCACAAGGCCUUGGAGAACCAGGACCACCAGGGCCUCAAGGGCCACAGGGCACCCAGGGAGAGAGGGGCCAACAGGGUGAAGGCUUCCCAGGUGCUAAGGGAGAAAGAGGUCCAGAGGGGUCUAGGGGUCCUAGAGGAGGCCCCGGAAUCAGCAUCAAAGGAGAUAAGGGUGAUUUUGGGCCUCCUGGGCCUGCUGGUAUUAUCGGCCAACCAGGUCCUGGUAUCCAAGGAGAGAAGGGUGUAGAAGGGCCGAGGGGGCCUCCAGGAUCGCGUGGACCACAGGGGGAGGGGUUUCCAGGAUCAAAGGGAGAUCAGGGCUUGCCUGGGGAGGUUGGAUCGCCUGGGGAGAGAGGGGCAGGAGAGCCGGGGUCAAAGGGUGAACCAGGGUCUCCUGGGUUUGGUGGGGUACCUGGUCUUCCAGGAGAGGAUGGAGCCCCUGGGCAGAAGGGAGAACCAGGGGCAGUGGGUUUAAGGGGACUUGAAGGGGCACAAGGAGUUGGCAUUCAAGGAGAGAAGGGUGACCAAGGCCAGCGGGGGGUGAGGGGUUUAUCUGGGUCAGCUGGCCCACCUGGACCCUCAGGGCCAAAGGGUGAGCCAGGUGUACCUGGACGACUCGGAUUUCCUGGUCUGCCAGGACGUGCACUAAUUGGGCCAAAGGGUGAUCUCGGUCCACCUGGUCCUUCUGGCCCGAUUGGAGAGACUGGCUAUGGACUUCCUGGUCCAAAAGGUGACCGAGGAGACCAUGGUCCAGCAGGUCCAUUUGGACCCAAAGGGGAUGGCUACCCAGGCCCUAUGGGCCCCCCUGGUCUUACUGGCCUGCCGGGUGAACCUGGUCCAGAAGGGCUGGGCUUCCCUGGACCAAAGGGUGAUGUGGGCUUCAGAGGGCAGCCUGGCUUGCCAGGACCACCAGGAGAGGGCAAACAAGGACCACCAGGAAUCCAAGGAAGGUCUGGGCCUCCAGGGCCUGCAGGUCCUCAGGGAAUUGGUAUCCAGGGACCAAAGGGAGACCAAGGAUCUCCGGGGGGGACAGGACCGAGGGGUCCCGCAGGAGAGGGCUUCGCGGGGGCAAAGGGCGAUCGCGGUUCUCCCGGGGAGAGAGGCCUUAAGGGCAUUAAAGGAGACUUGGGAGACGCUGGUGUUCCUGGCGAAUCAGGAAGACCUGGUGUAAAAGGAGAAGCAGGCCUCACGAGGGAAGACGUCAUCAGGCUUAUUAAGGAGAUUUGUGGCUGCGGCAUCAAGUGCAAGGAGGUGCCCAUGGAGCUGGUGUUUGUGAUUGACAGCUCGGAGAGCGUGGGCCCCGACAACUACAACAUCGUGAAGGAGUUUGUCACGACGCUGGUGGACCGCGUGACCAUCGGCCGUAACGCCACGCGUGUGGGCUUGGUCCUCUACAGUCACGAGGCCAAAAUUCAGUUCAACCUGACACGCUACAACGCCAAGCAGGACGUCAAGCAGGCCAUCCGCAACAUGCCGUACAUGGGCGAGGGCACUCUGACGGGCACUGCCAUACGCAUGGCCACGCAGGCCUUCAACAGCGCCCGCCAAGGCGUGCGCAAGGUGGCCGUGGUCAUCACCGACGGGCAGACGGACACGCGCGACCCCGUCAAACUGGACAUCGCCGUCCGGGAAGCCCACGCGGCCAACGUGGAGAUGUACGCGCUGGGCAUCGUCAACGCCAGUGACCCCACGCAGGCCGAGUUCCUCCGCGAGCUCGACCUCAUCGCCUCCGACCCAGACAGCGAGCACAUGUACCUCAUCGAUGACUUCAACACGCUGCCAGCUCUGGAAUCUAAAAUGGUCAAUCAGUUCUGUGAGGAUGAAAACGGCGCUUUGGUCCUCAACCGUGUCAAUGGCUACCUUAACGGAUUCAACGGCUACACCAACGGCAAUGGCAACAACAACGGCUACAACGGCUACAACGGCCACCGUAACCGGAUCAAUGAUGCCAACGGCCAGGGAAGCAACAACAGAAAGACACUGAAUGGGAGACACCCUCUCAAGCCUACUAACACACACAUUACUACGCAUAGAGAAACACACGGAGGCACACACACAAAUACCCAUUCCGGAACACAUACUGGCACACACACAGGUACCCAUUCCGGAACACAUACGGGCACACACACAGGUACACACACUGGAACGCAUUCUGGCCGAGAUCACUCACACACUGUCAGCAGUGGAGGAGAAACCACCGAGCAUGGUGGUGUUGCCACUGGUGGCACACAAUCACACUCCAGGACCCACAGCCAUGACAACAAGACAUCUGUCAACAGGACGUCUACACCUACAGUCUAUGUCCCGGUACCAAGAGAACCUUUCCCUGAAGAGAUCGUCCCCCUGGACCCGCGCUGUGAGCUGCUGCUGGAGCCGGGGCCCUGCCGAGAGUACAUCAUCCGCUGGUACUACGACCGGCAGGCCAACGCCUGCGCCCAGUUCUGGUACGGAGGCUGCGAGGGCAACCGGAACCGCUUUGACACCGAGGCCGAGUGCAAAAAGACCUGCGUGGCCAGGAGAGCAGGUGGCUAACCCAGAGGAUCCAGUCCAAGCACCUCAUCUUUGCCAUACCUCAUCCGUGGCUACCCUCCCCACCAAUGGGAAGCAAUCGGCACACCAACACCUCCAUCAGCCUAGCUACACCUAGCCAGGCUUAACUAUGCCCAAUGGACCUUGUGUAAAUACUAUAGUCACCAAGUCAGUCCACAUAUAGGCUAGUAAAGAUAGUCGUGUCUGACUUAGAUAUCUAUACUGUACUUGUUGUUUGUAUUUUUAUAUAUUUUUUAUACUGUAUCUUUUCUCACUGGAGUCUGUUUGGAAAUGAGAGAAUGGAGCACUGUGAUCAUUCGAUGAUUCAUUGUUUUGUCAUCUGCAUACCUUUUUCAAGGUGAUUUUAAGGUCAUAUACACACAUUUGCACACGCACGCUCGCACACGCACAGAGCGCACACACACACACACACACACAGUCACACACACACACACACACACGCACUGCCAGUAUAAACCCAUAAACCCAUUUUGCCCAGGGAUUGCGUAAGUGUAGGUCUAGUUUUACAUUGUGGUUCCUUGAGAAUUUGAAUAUAAGAGAAGUGACAUAAUAAUGAUGGGAACGUGUUAUAAAAGCAGAACGUUCUACACACACGCGCGCGCAAAGUCUCCGGCCAACAAACAUGCACAUAAAUGCACCACACACAGUCUCUGAGUAUCUGUGAAUCUAACAACACUGCUCAAGUUAAUCUUGGAAUUUUAUUUUAUUGAGAUGUUUACAAUAACAUGAUACCCUGGGCUGCAUUUUUUACAAUGUAUUUUCUGACCCUAUUUUCAUAAAUAAAAUGGUGUUUUAAAUUUUA